AUGUCUAAAAGGAAUGUGGUUUUCAGCAAACCGGACGAGCCGCUGUUUUUGAAAAAAUUAAAGCAGCAGAUUGGUUAUUGCGAAGGGCCCACAGUCGAUACCAAGCGGGAACGUCGAUCUUUUUCGGAUGCUGAAGACAGUGAUAACGACGAGAAAUUAGACGAUCAGCCCACUAUCGUUGUCUUGAAUCCGGGCGAUUUAUCCGCCGAUCAAGUCGAAGCUGAGAAGAAGAAAGAUAAAUUAGCGAUACAAGAUACUUGCAUUUCGUUUUCGUCGUCGACGAAAUACUCGACUCGAUUUCGUUACCGAAAGACUCGCAUAAUGGAAGAAAAAGAAACAGCAGCGGCCAAUUUGAACGACCGAAUAAUAUUCAAACCGAGUAAGAAAAAAGAAGAAGCUUCCAAAUCUAAAGACGAUCCGAAAAAAUCAUCGGAAAAAUCGAAAAGCCAGCCCAAAGCGCAAUCUAAAUUGCUUUCGUUUGACGACGAAGAGGAUCAGGACGAAUAA